AUGUCAAUUGCUGCUGCCGUAAAAACCUUUGGAAUACCCAAGUCCUCACUACAAGAUAAGAUCAAAGCCUGCAGAAAAGCAAUGGACCGCUGCUUAAGAAAGACUACCAAGCCAAUGAAGCCAGUGGCAGGCAUCAAAAGAUCUAAACUUCAGGAGGCGUUGACUGGAGGUAUUAAGAAGACGAAAUCAUCAACUCCUUUUGAAACCCUUGUCAACAAGACUCUGUCGCAGCCGGGAUCCUCUUCUUCUGCUUUGUCUGACGAUGCAAAGAAAACAACUACAAUAUCUACUCAAUCUUCCCAAGAGCCUGGAUCUUCCCUUGCCACCAAGACUCUGUCGCAGCCGGGAUCCUCUUCUUCUGCUUUGUCUGACGAUGCAAAGAAAACAACUACAAUAUCAACUCAAUCUUCCCAAGAGCCUGGAUCUUCCCUUGCCGCCAAGACUCUUUCGCAGCCAGGAUCUUCUUCUGCUUUGUUUGAAGAUAGAUUGAAGAAAUCUUCUUCUGGUAACACUUCGUCGAAGAAACGGUCUGAUUCAUCGUCUUCCUCUUCUUCUUCUUCGUCAUCAUCUUCCUCGUCUUCUUCAUCGUCCUCGUCCUCUUCUUCUACGUCAUCGUCCAAAAAUCAAACAAUUAAGUCCCCUCUAUCCAUGCUUCUCUCUCCCAUAAUUCUCUUCCUUGCUAUCUCCUAUUAA